AGCUGCUGUGUUAAUGGGUAAUCACAUAUCAAACAAACAGCUGCAGCUCCAGGUCACAUCAGGGACGCUUCGUGUGGUUUCUGCUCACAAACAGGAGAGAAUGAUGGGAUGUUUCAGAUGGAUUCUGUGGAUGGGACUCGUCUUGAUCUGUAGAGUGUCUUUGCAGGAAUCUGACUACUACUAUGAAGACUUUGAAGAACCAACAAACUGCUCAGUAGUGGAGAAAAUCAAAGGUGGACAUGUCACGUACUCACAGGGAGGCCUGCCGGGCAGUCUGCUGACCUAUCACUGCGGCCCGGGUCAGUACCCGUCACCUGUUAGCUCCAGGCUCUGUGGCGAUGAUGGAGAGUGGUCACCCAUGAGAUUAGCCUCUGGCAGGCUCGCAUCAAGUGCUUCAUGCAAAAACAUACUGUGUCCAGGUCAGCUCCAGCUGGACAAUGGGGACUUCUGGCCCAGAAACCAGUGGUUCCGUGUUGGAAUGACACAGAGCUUUUCUUGUCAAGAUGGGUUUAGCCUGUACGGGUCACCUGAGAGGAACUGCACUGUCUCUGGAGACUGGACGGGAAGCCCUCCCAUCUGUGACAAUCAUGGGGACGUCUGCGAUGACCCAGGGAUUCCCCCGGGGGCUGAAAGGUCAGGGGGUCAGUUUGACAGGGGAGAUAAGAUCACCUACCAGUGCCAGGCGGGUCUGACUCUACUCGGGUCGGCUGAAAGGGUUUGCAUGGAGCAGAGAGAAUGGAGCGGCUCCGCGCCACGCUGUCAAGGCCCAAACACUUUUGACUCUCCCAGCGAUGUGGCUGCAGCCAUGGCAGGCUCAUUGGCAGGGAUGAUGGAUGUUGUCUCUCCAGACUUCAAAAAGCAAGAGGAGGACAUUUCAUUUGGUCGAACCAUCCGUGUGGGGGAAGUCAGCCGAAUCCACAUUUAUGUCCUCCUGGACACAUCUGGAAGCAUCAAAAAGAAGGACUUUAAUUUAUCCAGAGAAGCCACUAUUGCUCUCAUCAGUAAGCUGGACAGUUACGACAUUCAGCUGAAUUUCCACGUAGUGUCGUUCGCCAGUGAGGCUAAGGUCAUCGUAGAUAUCAAAGACACGGACAUCAGCAGCAGCGCCGAUGAGGUCAUAUCAUACCUGAAGGAUUUCAACUAUAAUAGCCACGGACAGAAGACGGGCACCAACCUUUACUCAGCUCUGCAAGUCGUCAGAGAACGGAUCAGCUUCUUCAAGGAACAGAAGGGAUCUGCCUUUAACGAGACGCAGAAUAUCAUCAUCCUGGAGACUGAUGGAUACUCCAACACCGGGACCAAGCCUCAGAUCGCUCUGGCCCAGAUCAGAGAGCUGCUGGGAUACGGUAACUCACUGCAGGAUCACACCAGCGAGAGGAUGCUGGAUGUGUACGUGUUCGGCGUUGGAGCCAAAGUGAACAAGGAGGAGCUGAACUCUCUGGCCUCAAAGAAAAGCGGGGAGCAGCAUGUGUUUGUGUUGAAGGACUACCAAGUCCUGGGAGAGGUGUUCAACAGUAUCAUUAGUGACAAAAGUGUGACCAUGUGUGGAAUCGCUCAGGAAGACAUCUCCGAAAAAGCUAAGAAGGACACCACCGUGGCCUACACCAGACCGUGGCAUGUGAUUCUGACUUCACCUGAGUGGGGAAUCACCAAGUACUGUUCUGGAUCUAUAGUGAGCCAGCAGUGGGUGCUGACGGCUGCUCACUGCUUUAACAGAUUUUUUGGUGGAUAUAUCCCGAAAGAGGUCACCAUAGAACACGGUGCAGGGCGAGUAAACGUCGAAAAUGUGACAAUCCACUCCAACUAUAAUACCAAUGCCCUUAAACACAGGAAUGUGUCAGAGUUCUUUGACUAUGAUGUGGCUCUGGUCAAGACCAAGGAGCCGAUCCCUCUGUCCUGGAAAGCAAGACCCAUCUGCUUGCCGUGUACUGUAGCCGCCUCUCGGGCCUUGAAGAGAAUCAAUUCCACCUGUGAGGAGCACAGGCAAGAACUGCUCGCCCACAAGGAAACGACUGCCUUCUUCAUCCAUAAGAAGUCUGAACGCAAACAAACACAUAUUCACAUAGACAGUCAGAGGCCUGGGUGUGUGGAGAAGGCCAGGCAAACGCUGAGAGAGCCCACAAACGUGACCCUGGAUGAGUAUGUUCCUGACAGAUUCCUCUGCUCUGGGGGCACGGAAGGAUACCAGGAUGCAGUCACCUGCAAAGGGGACUCUGGUGGAUCCCUGUUUCUGCAGAAGAGAAAGCGUUACUUCCAGGUGGGACUAGUGAGCUGGGGCAUCACAAACAUAUGUGACCCUAACAACCAGCUCUCCAAAGCCCCUCCAGACGCCCGAGACUUUCACAUCGAUCUCUUUAAGAUAACGCCGUGGUUGAAACAACAUACGGGCAGGGAGAUCCAGUUCCUGCCCGAGAUCAAGCCUUGAUCAAACCGGCUUCAGGACGGAACGGACGCCUGAGCUUCUGCAGCAUCCAACAGAAAAUCCAUUCCAGCAGAUCUGGACAUCACCUCUUCCUAUGGGAUCAAAUCUGUUUUAAACAUUUUAAUUAAUUAUUGCUUUUACGCUAUAAAUUGAUUUUUUAAAAGAAUCAAUAACAAAACAGUGUUUAUAAAGAUUUUACCAGGCAGAAUGAUCCCAUGUCAGAAUAAAUCCUGACCAAACCCCCAAAAUUGGUUAAUUUGACCUCAUCCACCCACUGAUGUGAUUCUUUUGGGCCAAUGCAAAUAUUUUCCUUUUAGUUUUUCCCGACAGAUGUUGAAACUGUGCCAAAGUAAAUGUGUAUCUCUGGAAAAAUGGCAGCAAACCACACAAAAAACAGCUUUGAUGUUUAAUUUGUUCAUGGAUUUUAGGGCUGACAUGAGAACAAGACACAAACUGUUCCUGACUUUAUUCAUAUAUGUGUGGGUAGCAUGCGUACAAGCCAACUGCAUCUGUACUUUCAGGCUCAUCUCUGUCUAAUAAAGCCUUGUACAGUCAUAGCUAUAGUCAUUCAGUUAACA